AUGUCCCGCUCGGUGACCUUCAGCUCCCGCUCGGCCGCCGGGCCCGCGCUGAGCCAGGUGCGGGUCAGCUCCGUGUCCUCCGGCCGCAGCUCCGGGCUCGGCCGCGCCGGCGGCUUCGGCAGCGCCAGCCUCUACAGCCUGGGCUCGGCCGGCAAGAGGGUCAGCCUGGCAGGGAGCAGCUCCUACAGCGUCCGCUCGGGCUACGGCUAUGGGGGAGCCGCCUUCGGGGGCAGCCUCAGCCCCGGCGGCAUCCAGGAGGUCACCGUCAACCAGAGCCUCCUGACGCCCCUCAACCUGGAGAUCGACCCCAGCAUCCAGAGGGUCCGCAAGGAGGAGAAGGAGCAGAUCAAGACCCUGAACAACAAAUUCGCCUCCUUCAUUGACAAGGUGCGGUUCCUGGAGCAGCAGAACAAGAUGCUGGAGACCAAGUGGAGCCUACUCCAGGAGCAGAAGACGACGCGGAGCAACAUCGCUCCCAUGUUUGAGACCUACAUCAGCAACCUGCGGCGGCAGCUGGACGGGCUCCUGGCCGACAAGGGCCGCCUCGAGGGAGAGCUCAAGAACAUGCAGGACCUCGUGGAGGACUUCAAGACCAAGUACGAAGAUGAGAUCAACAAGCGCACGGCGGCCGAGAAUGAGUUUGUGGUGCUCAAGAAGGAUGUGGAUGCUGCCUACAUGAACAAAGUGGAGCUGGAGGCCAAGGUGGAUGCUCUGACAGAUGAGAUCAACUUCCUGAGGGCUUUCCAUGAGGCGGAGCUGAACGAGCUGCAGGCCCAGAUCUCCGACACCUCGGUGGUGCUGUCCAUGGACAACAGCCGGAACCUGGACCUGGACAGCAUCAUCGCCGAGGUGAAGGCGCAGUACGAGGAGAUCGCCAACCGCAGCCGUGCCGAGGCCGAGUCCUGGUACCAGAGCAAGUAUGAGGCACUGCAGGUGACAGCCGGGAAACACGGGGACGACCUGAGGAACACCAAGAAUGAGAUCACCGAGAUCAACAGGGUCAUCCAGAGGAUCCAGGGGGAGAUCGAGAGUGCCAAGGCCCAGCGAGCGAAGCUGGAGGCGGCCGUGGCUGAGGCUGAGGAGCGUGGGGAGAUGGCCCUCAAGGACGCCAGGGCCAAGCUGGAGGAGCUGGAGGCUGCUCUGCAGAAAGCCAAGGCUGACAUGGCCCGGCAGCUCCGGGAGUACCAGGAGCUCAUGAACGUCAAGCUGGCCCUGGACAUCGAGAUUGCGACCUACAGGAAGCUGCUGGAGGGCGAGGAGAGCAGGUUGGCUGGCGAUGGAGUUGGCAACGUCAACAUCUCCGUGGUCAGCUCCAGCGGCGGGGGCGGAUAUUCCAGCUCCAGCGGGUUCCUGGGAGCAGGGAUCGGAGGAGGCCUCAGCCUGGGAUCAGGAAUGGGCAGCGGAGCCCUCGGCUUCUCCUCUGGGGGCUCCUCCAAGUCCUACACCAUCACCACCACCUCGUCCAGCCGGAGGAGCGUCAGGAAGUAA